AAACAGCAACUGGCUAGUGUGUAAUACAAUUAUUGUCGUCGUUCCUAUGCUUCUCAUAUUUGUAUUCCCCGACGAGAAACCUUCAACAGAAAGCAUGAGGAUAUUCUGGAUCUGCGCUUUCAUAACAACAGCUUUCGAUCGGAUGCUAGAAGCCUUUCCUUUCUAUUAUGUCAUAAAAUUGUCCGCACUUCUCUUUCUACUAGUCGAACCUUCAUGUUUAAAUGACAAUAUCGUGAAUUUGCUAAUGGCUGCGGUAAGUUGAAG